AUGCUACUAUAUUUCUGGUAUUCAAUCUUUAGCAGCUUCGACACUGUGGCACCGUAUCCAUUCGGUGUACGAAUGGUGAAUUGUUUAAAUCCCGACAUUGCAAUGGCAUACGGUAUCCAGUUCUUAUCGCAAUAUGAAACACAAGGUAGGGGUAACCAAACGUUUUUCACAAAACAUUUAGGCUCAACUUUUAAAAUUUCUAUUUUCUCCUACAUGAUCGAAUUUCAGCGGAUGGCCUUAAAUGGGGUUCAAUUUUCACUCCGCCUAGCCCGGAUCAACGGCUUACCAUCGGGCACUGCUUCGUGA